CAACCGAGAAGCACGGCACUCACCGGACUGGUUCCUUGUCUUCCCCUUCCAACACUCCCACGCUGGUUCUCAGCUUCAGAUGGAUGGGAUCAGGAGUGCUCAGCAAGAAAUUCCUGUCAGAAACUGUAAUGACCCCACAAGCAGCCUGCUGGAAGGCCCAGCCCUACAGCCGCUCUUCUGUCAGCUCUUGCUCUGCCAAAAAUCCUACCAUCUUCAAGGGAAUAAGAACUGAAGGAGAAUUGACUGCAGGAGCUGGCGUAUGUUUCUUCCUUCACUUUCCUGCUAAGAGCCAAGUUCAGGCCCUUAGGGCUCUGAGUUUCUCUUGCUCCAGCUGAUGACCUCACAAACACCUAGAGCAGGGGAGGAACACAGCUCCCUGCACAGCUUUAAAUGUUUGUGUUUCCCUGCAAAUGCUCAUGACAUCAUUGACACUUGAGGACCUGAACUCUGGUCUUGGCAGAAUGGCGUGGGUUUCACUCCAUAAAGAUGAUUUACUGCGCCCAAAGAUACGAAGUGCUUCAAGCCUGCCAUCCCAAAAACAGAGCAAUUAUCAAACACCUCCUCUGGAAGAGCUUCAGCGCCUGCUUUGGGCUCACAAACCUUCCACAGGCCACGUGAAUGAAGUCUGGCCAAACCUCUUUGUGGGAGAUGUGUAUACAGCUCGUGACAAAGAUCAGCUGCAACAGAUGGGCAUCUCCAACAUUGUGAAUGCUGCUGCAGGCAGAUUUCACAUCAACACUGGAGCCAAGUUCUACAGAGACCUGCCUGUGGAUUACUAUGGAAUAGAAGCAGAUGAUGAUCCAAAUUUUGAUCUCAGCAUUUACUUCUAUCCUGUUGCUAGGUAUAUAAGAGCUGCACUAAAGUCUCCAAGAGGCAAAGUAUUGGUUCACUGCGCAAUGGGGAUCAGCCGAUCAGCAACUCUUGUGCUUGCCUUCUUAAUGAUCUGUGAAAGCUUGUCCCUUGUGGAUGCAAUUCAGACUGUGCGUGAACACAGAGGGAUCUGCCCCAAUUCCGGCUUCCUCAGGCAACUUCGGGAGCUGGACAUCCGAUUAAGGAGAGAACAGCUAGAACGAACAGACUCCUUCAGACUUUAGCUGCAGGUACAUCUCCGGAUUCCCAAACAAGGGAACUGGGUUGCCCCUCUGAAGACCGCAUCUCUGCAAGAUACAUAAACCUGGAAGAUACUGUAACUGUUUGGAGAACUCUAUCUGGGACUUUCAUUGCACAAGUCGCCAGAAAAAGGGGUCCUAGUUUAUUUAAGUGACAAUGUGCUUGCCAAUUCAAAGACAUAUGAAAUAAAGAGGCAUUCAGUAUGGUACAUGA